CGGUGCGGAGGACUUCGUGCAGAGUACGUACUCUCCCGUCAAGAACGCGCUAAACUGCAUCUGUGCGGCGCAGCAGAAGCGACCCGACCGCGGUUUUUCCACAUCUCUAACAUUGUUCCGACUUCAACUGUCCAACCUUACCUUACAGACCACUCAACCAUCCUUCACCAUCGCUGCCGGCUUAGCCAUUGACACGGAGGACCCUACCGCAUCGACUUUUCAUCAUCCCUACCUGCGAUAGACACAUCGCCCCAGCGUAGCCUCUCCCCUUUCCAUCCCCGUCCUUUUCCACAUUGUUGUUUGCUACCUUAUUCCACCACUUACAUGUCGGUGCGUCUGUAGUACAACAAAACACACAGAGACUGGCCCUGGCUAUGGCACAAGAAUCAUGCGACGAGUUGUCGUGACAGGGCUCGGCGCCAUUUCGCCCUUUGGCGUUGGCGUGCGCUCCACGUGGAAACGUGUGUUGGCUGGAGAAUCAGCCAUCACCAGUGUGGCUGACUUUGAGCCGCAAAGCCGCUGGAAAGAUCUGACGAGCACAGUUGCUGGUGUAGUCCCCAGUAAUGGCUCAGGUCCCGAUCAGUGGCGGCCGGGCGACUGGCUGGAUGCCACGGAACAACGUCGCAUGUCCAAGUUUGCCCAGUACGCCGUAGCCUGCGCUGACAUGGCAAUGCAAGAUGCCGGGUGGAAUCCGGAGAGCCAGGAGGACAAGGAGGCCACUGGCGUGUGCCUUGGCAGCGGUAUAGGAAAUCUGGAGGAGAUUUACGAGACGAGCUUGGCGUUCAACCAACAAGGCUACAAGAAGGUUUCACCACUGUUCGUCCCCAAGAUUCUCAUCAACUUGGCCGCCGGUCAUAUCUCCAUGAAGUACGGAUUGCAGGGCCCGAACCAUUCUGUCACCACCGCCUGCACAACCGGUGCCCAUUCCAUUGGAGAUGCGAUGCGAUUCAUUGCUUUUGGAGAUGCCGACGUCAUGGUUGCUGGCGGAACGGAAUCUUGCAUCCAUCCCCUGACCUUUGCUGGUUUCGGGAGGGCAAGGUCCCUCUCCACAGCCUACAACCACAACCCCCACGCCAGCUGUCGUCCCUUCGACCGCGACCGUAAUGGUUUCGUCGUUUCGGAGGGGUCGGCAGUCCUGGUCCUGGAGGAACUCGAGCACGCCAAGGCCCGCGGAGCCAACAUCUACGCGGAGGUGAGGGGCUACGGCUGUAGCGGCGAUGCGCAUCACAUGACGGCCCCGCGGGAAGAUGGACACGGAGCCUUCCGCGCCAUGAAGCUUGCUCUGAAGAACGCGCAAGUCCGGCCAGCCGAGGUGAGUUACAUCAACGCGCACGCCACAGGGACGCAGGUGGGCGAUGCGGCAGAAGCUUCCGCGAUACGAAGCAUCAUGACGGGCGAGGAGGGUUACGCGGACGAGUCGCAGGUGACUGUGAGCAGCACCAAAGGCGCCGUUGGCCAUCUGCUAGGGGCGGCUGGCGCCAUCGAGGCCCUGUUCGCCGUGCUAUCGGUUGCAGAGGAUAUCGUACCGCCUACACUGAACCUCGAGAAUCCGAAUGUCGGGGGAUCCAUGAAUAUGGUACCCCUCGAGGCACAGGCGAAACAGGUCAACGUUGCUAUUUCCAAUAGCUUUGGCUUUGGCGGGACGAAUGCCUCGCUCGUUUUUUCCAAACUACGUUAAGUGAGGGCAGCCGUGCCGAUGGGAUCAGAAGAACUAUGCGAUGACGGCUGCGCCCGUAGAAUGUCUAAAUUGGCUCUGGCUUAGACUCAGACUUUGGACAGACUGGGAGAGAAGCUUGGUGGAAAGCUUCUCAUUGUAAGACUCGAUGUAUGAUUGGGUAUGGAAAUUGUAGGAGAUAGAAUUGCCGACAUAUGUACGCGGCCACUAUGAGUUUAAUAUCUGCUUCAACAUCGGAUACGGGCCUUUCCAGGGCUUUGAGUAGAUUAGGGUGUAAAGUAACGAGCCUUGUGUGAGGCUUAUCGUGAGAAGUUCCGCUUCACACAACGUCAAUGAAAUAUUCUGAUGCGGAAGAGGAAGAAAGUCGCCGAUGCUUCUCUUUGAACUGCAUUAUGUCAAACGCCAA